AUGAUCGAGAAGGCGAUGCAAGAUCCAAACACACUCGAAAUCGCCAAGAAAAUGAAGGACGAAGCAGACGGUAGCAUACUUGCCCAUUCGAAAUUCCAAACCUGGACCAAGUACUUGGACAGCUUCACCAACUUUUAUCCGAGGCAGCAAACCACAAUGAUUGAUGAGAACUACGACGACGCCCGCCUGCUCUGGAUCCUCGAAUGCGAAGAAAAAUCCCAAGACUGAGUUUACGACAGAACGACCUGACCAAGAAAUGCAGCAAAAGAAACCGGAAGAACUUACAGCGAUUUCCCGCCGUGCGCCAGGAUUCGAUGAUAUGAUCGCGCGGUAUAAAGAGAAGCUAAGGGAAUUGUCACGAGCUGCUUCAUGAACCCCAAAAUACAUGUACUGC